AUGGCCGAAGUAAAACACAGGAUUCCAUCACCCCUUCUCCCUACGAUACCCGGCACAACGAGAAUCGACUAUCCAAAAUGGUUCGGCGGCUCAGCGUCAUGCAUGGCCGUGGUUGUGUCGCAUCCACUUGACUUGGUCAAGGUGCGAAUGCAGAUGGACGGCGGCGCCAGACAAGGAACCGCCAAGACGGCUAUACGAAUCGUCCAGAGUGAAGGGAUAUCCGGGUUAUACAGUGGAUUAUCGGCAGGUCUUAUGAGACAAUUAACGUACGGAUCCGUUCGCAUCGGACUCUACGAAUCAAUCAAAGAGAAAUGCAGAGAAAACGGCAUCUCCCUGAAUGCGCCCGCUCUAGCCAUGGUGGCUGCUACAACGGGUUUUGUAGGGGCCAUGUUCGGUACCCCGUCCGAUAUCGCGAACAUACGCAUGCAGAAUGACCGAUCUCUUCCACCGGCCUCUCGGCGCAAUUACGCCCACGUACUAGAUGCCUGGGUACAAAUGAAGCGUACUGAGGGCUGGAGGGCAUUUACGCAAGGACUGUGGCCGAACUGCGUUCGCUGUGCGGGUAUGACAGCCUCCCAGCUAGCGUCUUAUGACGUCUUCAAGGGCUUGUUGAUGAGCUUCACGGGCACGAAAAACGAACAUCCUGUUCUUCACGUGUUUGCGUCUCUACUAGCAAGUCUUGUGGCGACGACAGUUUGCAGUCCUAUGGAUGUGAUUAAGACCCAGUUGAUGGGAAGUUCGGGACAAGGGUCUACAUUGAAGGUCAUCAAGGAAUUGACUGCAACUGAAGGGCUUAAAUGGAUAUUCCGGGGGUGGACACCUAGUUUCGUCAGGCUGGGCCCUCAGACUAUGGCUACGUUGGUGUUGCUGGAGCAGCACAAGAGGAUGUAUCGUGCCAUUAAGGGAGUCGAUGGAGCGUCGUUGUAG